AUGCAGAGUCAAGUCCAAACCAGGGACCACCAGUCCCGAUCACAAUAUUCCAGUCCAAACACCAAAGCAUGGCCCGCCCAAAGCGAGCUCCAGUGGGGAACCGACCCUAGCUUCGGAUUCCACGGCUUCUCAAGCCCAAUCGGCAGCUGGACAGAAGAGCGCAUGGUGCAGAACCUGAUGCGCAAUCUAGCAUGUAUGUGCAGUGGGAUCGACUUCGACGGCGCCAGCGAGCCAAGCCACUCAGCAGAACGAGUACCAGAAGACGUGCCGCAGUUUGUGAGCUUGGAUCAAUUGAUGCUGCCCUCGUCCGAGCUGCAGAGUAGUAGCCCACAAAGCAGAAUCAGCCAGGCACAACAAGAAACUACGAUUCCCACUCCGGUAUCGUCUUCAUUGAGCCAACAUACACUAUCCUCUGAUGGCCACAGUCCCGGUACCGAUCGAACGAGUGAUCGCGAAGCAGAUGCCGCUACGCCGCCAUCCAAAAAGAGGAAAUGCAUUCAGAAGUCUGGACAGGAAACGUGUCAUUGUCGGUCUGAGAAGAGGCGGCGAGAGCUUGUUGGAAGGGGGUAUCGGGAUCUUUGUCAGGUUGUCCCCAGUUUGAGGAUGCAGUCUUUUACGCGCAAGCACAUUUUGAACGAGACGGCGGCGUUGAUUGAGGAGCUUGUUGCGGGGAAUGACGCUCUACAACGACAAUUAGAACAGUUGGAAGAAAAUAAGGAAGGAGAUGAGGUCAAUUGA